AUGUCAUUCUCCACCAACAACACAACAACCUCUUCAGGCUUGACUUCUCACGUCUACUUUUGGGGAGCGAUCGGAGUCAAAGAUCGUAUUCAAUCCAACACACCCCACUUGAUAGCCACUAGCAGUGAGAAGAAGGCUUUCUCGUCUUCGGGUGUAACCACACUUCCAUCACCUCUCUUCCAUACAAGAGUCAUCCAAGUGAGUGCUGAUGGAAGCUUUUUGCUAUUGAUGGACGAUCGGGGACAGGUCUAUGCCUUGGGAAAGGGUCAGGAUUUUCGUUCCGUAAUUACGGAGAUGAGAAGGAUCGGUUGA